AACUCCCAGCAGCCAUCGCGGAAAUCUCAACGGUGACAUCCUCUCAGUCCUUCCCGAGCCAGUCGGCGCUGCUUCUUCCUCUGGACAGAGACCUGGGAACAUGCUCUCCUUCACGCUGAGGCGGCUCACACGGCCUCUGUGCCACAAAGCCCCUCUUCUUGCCAGUGUACGUGGGCAGCAGUCCCACGCUGCCACCCAUACCGCGAAUGAAGAUCCACCAUGGACAGGCCAGGACAGCCUGGCCCAGGACGACCCUGAGAUGUGGAAUCUUCUGCAGAAAGAGAAGGACAGGCAGUGCCGAGGCUUGGAGCUCAUUGCGUCUGAGAAUUUCUGCAGCCGAGCAGCUCUGGAAGCUCAGGGCUCCUGUCUGAACAACAAAUACUCUGAAGGCUACCCAGGGAGAAGAUAUUAUGGCGGAGCAGAAGUGGUCGACCAAAUCGAGCUUCUGUGUCAGAAGCGAGCUCUGGAGGCUUUUGACCUGGACCCAGCUAUGUGGGGUGUGAAUGUCCAGCCAUACUCAGGCUCACCCGCUAACUUUGCUGUCUACACGGCUGUCCUCAACCCCCACGACCGCAUCAUGGGCCUGGACCUGCCCGACGGAGGACAUCUGACCCAUGGCUACAUGUCUGACGUGAAGAGGAUCUCAGCAACCUCGAUCUAUUUUGAGUCCAUGCCAUACAAGCUAAACAUUGCAACAGGACUCAUAGACUACGAGCAGUUGGAGAUGACGGCCAAGCUGUUCCGACCCAAGCUCAUCAUCGCUGGCACCAGCGCCUAUGCCCGCCUCAUUGACUACUCCCGCAUCAAGAAGCUGUGUACUGACAUCAAGGCCUACAUGCUUGCUGACAUGGCCCACAUCAGCGGUCUGGUAGCAGCCAGAGCCAUCCCCUCUCCCUUUGAAUACGCUGACCUGGUCACGUCUACCACACACAAAUCUCUCCGUGGAGCCAGGGCUGGCCUCAUCUUCUACCGUAAGGGCGUCCGCUCAGUGGACAAGAAGGGGAAGGAGAUCAUGUAUGACCUCGAGGACAAGGUCAACUUCUCUGUCUUCCCCUCGCUGCAGGGUGGACCUCACAACCACGCUAUCGCUGGUGUGGCUGUGGCACUCAGGCAGGCUAAUUCUCCCAUGUUCAAGGAGUAUAUUGACCAGGUGUUGAAGAAUGCUAAGUCAAUGGCCACAGCUCUUCUCAGCAAAGGCUACACCCUGGUAUCAGGCGGGACCGAGAACCACCUGGUCCUCGUGGACCUGCGGCCUAAGGGCAUUGACGGAGCUCGAGCCGAAAGGGUGCUGGAGCUCGCCUCCAUCACUGCCAAUAAGAACACCUGCCCUGGGGACAAGAGCGCCCUGACUCCUGGUGGCCUCAGGCUAGGUGCUCCAGCCUUGACAUCCAGGCAGUUUAAAGAAGGAGACUUCUUACAAGUGGUGGAGUUCAUGGACGAGGGCUUUAAGAUUGCGCUGGAUGUUAAGAAAAAGACAGGAAAGCUCCAAGACUUCAAGAACUUUCUUCUCCAGGACCCAGAGACUGUGGCUCGCAUCGCUGAUCUACGCCACCGCGUUGAAGCUUUUGCCAGGCCCUUCCCCAUGCCAGGCUUCCACGAUCAUUAGGCCAGACUGUGCGGACUCAGCAUGCUGAGAGCCAGGUGAUAGAAGGCUGGCUGAGCAGAAAUGUCUGAGACAGGAAAAAUGUCAUGUGGUAGUCAAAUGUGCUUGGUGCCAGUAAAGUGGGAUGAAACGUAAGUUUCCUUGUAAUCAGUCAGAUUUUGGAAACUUAAUUUUUAUACUUCUUUGCAGUCAUCAUUUUACUAUUCUUUGAGGGGGAACCUAGCCUUCAUAUUGAGGCAAAGACAAAAAUACAAUAUUAUAGAGGGUUUUUUUUGUUUUUUUUUUAGGGGCAAAGAAAAUAUUUUCUAUUGUAUAUGUAGAAUAUCUUUAUCACUUGUUUUUACACACAUUUCUGUAACAUUGGUGAGAGCGAGGAUUAAAGAAACAUGUUGAAUCAAAUAAAACAGUUAUUGGUCACACAGCCUCUGUGGCCUGAGUAAUGUAUAAUUGGUAAAUAUAAUAAAGUAUACUAAAGAGUCUUAAUGCUGUAAGGAGUUCUAACUAGAAUCAAUAAUGUAAAUUGCUAUAUUCACAGGGAGUGCAUGUUUUUUUUAACUAAUUUACUGUUUUCAUAACCAGGUUCAUAACAAAGCUUCAUAAUGUGAAGGAUUGUUCUAUCAAAAAUGUUGUUUUGACCAUCUAACAUUUUUCCAAAGGAGAAUUUUCUUGAAAUAUGAAAUAUAGCCCUUUAACCCUGUAAAGAUUUGUCUAGCCCCCAGUCUCUCAAGGGUCUAGGUCUGAGUGCACAGGAGGUGGACUUAUUUUCAUCUGAAAUAUUAAUAUAGAGCAUCACAGAACUUAGUCACGUUUAUUUUAUGAUACAUUUCAUGACAACAGUUAAAAAAAAAAGUUCUCUGUUUGUAUCAGAUUGCGUUACAAUAUAAUAAGCCCGCCUUGGAAACAUCUCCUUGGUGUGAAAAUAACCAGGUACUUUUUUUACGCUUCUUUUUUCUCUGUACUCAUAUUAUAGUUGUCAGAUUAUCAUUGCUCUAUAUAUUAGUUAUGUCAUAAACAACCAAAUGAAAUACAAAUGUCAUCCUGGAUCAUUUCCUUCAAGUGCAUUUACAAAGAGUAUAUACUUUUGUAUAUAUUGUUUAAAUGGAUUUAACUGUGUAACUAUUGUUUCACCUCGAGUAUUAAUAUGAUUUGUGGAUUCAGAGGGAAAAGUGAUUUGUUGUGCAGUCGGUCUGAUCUGAGUGUCAUUUACUUUACCAUAUGAAAACUGUGAAGCAGCUGGAUUUGAUAAAAGAUUUUCACGGUACUUUGUUGUCUCUCUGGUUCUCAGAUUGGCACUGCUGUCAUUAUCACUGCAUCAGUGGGGAAGCGAGAUUUCUGUCUGUGAAAUGGUCUCACAGCACAACUGAAUAGAGGCCAUUAGAAACAGGGUGUUUCUCUCUUACUUUGCACAGAACCCAGAUUCGAAAGUCAUAGGAAUUAAAGGAAUUAUCCACAUCACUGGAUAUUUUCUUGACAGCCAAUAAAGUAGAUGUUGCCAAAAUGCACCAACAAGUAUUUAACUAGUGUUCAUAAAUGCACUAUUUGUUUGUUUUCAUCUCGGAUGUGUUGCCAGCGAUUGUACAUUAAGUUUGAACUGCCUUUUACAGAACCUUUUUAUGUUAAUAGCUGAAAUCUAAUAAAAAUCGGAUAACGGAAAUGUAA